AUGACAACAACAAUUCCCAAGUUUGCUCACUUACUAAUCCCACUUGAAGACGUAGUAAAGGCCACCCACAACUUUGCUAAUGAUAACAUCAUCGGACGCGGUGGAUUGGGACAUGUAUACAAAGGACAACUCCAGCGGUCCGGAGAGUUGAUCAAGAUAUCUGCGCUGAGGUUAGACCGUAAGCACGGUGGAGGAGUCGUCGAGUUCUGGACGGAAGUUUCAAUGCUUUCAGAUCUCAAGCAUCCAAAUAUAGUCUCUAUUGUCGGAUUUUGUGAUGAACAACAUGAGAAGAUCAUUGUGACCACGUAUGAGGCCAAAAAUGGAAGUCUCAAGGAGCAUCUAAGCAACCCGAACCUCACAUGGACACAAAGAUUGAAGAUAUGUGUAGGCGUGGCUCGUGCUUUGAGUUACCUCCAUUAUGAUGAGGGACGCGACUAUGGUGUUAUACAUCUUAACAUCAAUAGCUCGACAAUUUUAUUAGACGAGAACUGGGAACCCAAGUUAUCCGGUUUUAAAGUUUCCAUCAAACAAUCGCUUAACCGAAUGGACCGGGUUAUCCUUUCUGAACCUAUUGGCACAAUAGGGUAUAUGGACCCAGAAAUUGAAAAGACAAAAGGGGUGACCCACAAGUCGGACGUCUACGCAUUUGGUGUGGUAUUAUUUGAAAUAUUGUGUGGGAGGAGAGCAUAUAUUAAGACGGGGGAAAAUAAGUUUCUAGCUGGAUUGGCCAAGUAUCAUUAUGAAAACGAAACGAUUCCAGAUAUAAUCCAUCCACAUCUAAAGAAUCAAAUGUCCAAAAAUCAAAUAUCUCUAAGUUCACUCAGAAAAUACUCAAAAACGGCAUAUUCUUGCUUAAAGGAAGAUCGAGCACAUCGCCCACACAUGCUCAGUAUUGCUGAUGAACUUCAAAAAGCAUUUGAGAAAGCAUUAAACUUUAAGCCGCGACCUGAAAAUUUUAACAACAGUUUAAGAGAAAAAAACUACGAUUACCAUAUAAUAAUGAUUUUAAACAAAUUAGUAUUGCUAAUCAUAUUCUAUAACUCGUUGUUAGUUACCGUUACAAAAGAAAGCUAUAAUUAA